AACAAGAGUGGGUCUCAGUUUUGUUUAAGGAAAUGAAAAGCAGGCCAUUGGCUCUCGUAAUUCGGAGGGAUUAUCAAAAGAGCCAGCGAUAAGGGCGAGACUCCAGGAAGUCCCACAGUGAAAGUAAAAUCUGAACAAGUAUGGCAUUUAUAGAUCAGUAUAAUUAAGAUUUUCCAUCGCUAUGGUUGUCCACAUCCCAGUCAUUUUAUUACUCGGAUUAAGUACGUUCUUAAGCCCAGUUCAAGCUGCGAUUAAAGGCGAUAUUUACGGACCCCUGAUUGAAAUUGUGGUUAUUCACCUAAACGGAAGUCAUUUGGGCUUGGAUAAUUGGACUAAGGAAAUUAGUUUAACACUAGAAAAUAAACAGCAGCAGCGAGUGGCAUGGAAUAUUCCCUGGUCGGAUUUGCUGAAGGAAGGAAAACCAUCACUGGAGCUGCAACACCAACUUAAGCCCGGAAAUUCCUUCAAGCUGAAGCUUUGGAUGAGCUUCUAUUGGUACCUUAGACGAUCUCAGCUUUUAAAUGGGAAUCUUCUUUCGAAUUUUGCCCUAGAACUGGUGAAACUCCAGAGAAAUCAACCAAAACUGUGGAAUACUGAUCUCCAAAACAUGUGGCAGAGUUUGCCAAGAUCUUUGAGGAUUCUAUUAAAAAGUCGGACGAUAUGCCUGCAACACAAAAAGGAGAUGUUGUAUGUGGCAGCCAAAAACCAACUGGAAUUGGGCGCCAAUAGCAACUGUAGCAUGUGGGUGGUUAAGGAAAGCGAGGGUCACUGGUUAAGACUAGUGAAUUUUUGUGAUGAAAAGAGUUCUUUUUUCAUUAGUACGUUAUCACAUGAAGGUUUAUUUGGCUUGAUAAAUGUCCUUAACAAUAAGACUAGACAUUUUUGUGUGCUAAAUGGUUUGAGUUUCUUUGAAGAAGACUCCGAAGCGUCAAAAAUGGAAAGCCGUUGUCAUUGGCAAAUUAAUGAUUGCAGCUUUUUACCAGUGUUAUUGUCUAAAUUAAUUGUUAAUUACUAA